GUGUCAAUUGUCAAUUUGAUAGGUAGGUAGCGAAUUCAUUUUGAUGUUGAAAAAAGUGAAAAAAUCUAUUGUAAAAUUUUCAUUUCUUAAACAAUUCUUAAAAUUCAUCAAUAUAACGCUGCCACAAUUUUUUGGUUCCCUUUUGCUACUCAGUUGUGUCUACGCAAGUAUGGCUUGGAGAAGCCAUGGAGUUAAUAAUGCAGAUAUGAUACGUAAUCUCAGAGCAAAUGGAAUUAUUAAAUCGGACGCCGUAGCAAAUGCUAUGCUCGGUGUAGACAGAAAGAAUUACUGUCCUUAUGCCCCGUACCAUGAUUCUCCGCAGGCCAUUGGAUUUUCUGCUACAAUAAGUGCACCACAUAUGCAUGCUCAUGCAUUAGAAAGAUUGAAAAAUCAAUUGAUACCUGGUGAAAAAGCUUUAGAUGUUGGCUCAGGAUCUGGUUACUUGACAUCAUGUAUGGCUCUCAUGGUCGGUGAACAGGGCAAAGUGGUUGGCAUAGACCACAUACCAGAGCUAAUUGCAUUGGCAACUAAAAACAUUAAUAAUGACAACCCAGGUUUACUAAAAACUGAAAGAAUUAAACUUAUCACUGGUGAUGGUCGAUUAGGAUAUCCCUCUGAAGCACCUUACAAUGCUAUUCAUGUUGGAGCAGCUGCACCCACCCUACCACAAGCUUUAGUUGAGCAGUUGAAACCAGGAGGCAGGCUUAUUGUACCCGUUGGUCCUGAAGGGGGAGAGCAACAUUUGACACAAGUGGAUAAAGCAAUGGAUGGUACAACAACAGUGAAGAAAUUAAUGAGCGUAAUUUAUGUUCCAUUGACUGAUAAGAAUCACCAAUAUCGUGAGUGACCCAACUUCACAUUAAUUUUUCUCAUUGUUGCUUUUUUUAUAGCAACCACACUAAUACAUCGCGUUUUCCAAUAUAUGAAUAAAAUAUAAUCACUAUAUAUACCAUUUAUUUUUGAUUGUAUAAAAUGCAGCUAGAUAUAUUUAUAUAUUGUAAGUAUUUGCUUGUAUCUUUAAUAUAUACACAUAUACAUACACAUGUAUCAUAUUAUAAUAGAUAUCAUCUAAGAUUCUAAGACACACAUAUCUAAAUAACUAAGUGCUAAAUGUAUUUUAUUUUAUCCUACUCUUUGUAAAAUUAGAUUUUAAAAAAUCAUUAAUAUUGAAUCACUUAUUAUAUAGGAAUGCAUCAUGCCUUGUAAAAUACCGAUUUUGAAAAUACAGAUGUAUACCUUGUAAAAACUGAUUUUGAAAAUACUUGAUGUGUGUUAAACUUUAAGCACAAUUAAGUUUAUGCUACUAUUAGGUAUGUAAUGUAGGAUAUGUAUUGUAGUUUGUUCAUGUGAUAGAUAUUUACGCCAUUCAUGUCCUGCUAUAAGACAAAUAAUUAUAAAAAAUUUCAGAUUAAUCCUUUGAAAUAUGUAUGUGAUGAAUGUAUUUGAAAAAAAAAAAUUUUUUGUUGUGUGAUGUAACAUAGUAUGUACCUAAUCUUAAGUCCUAUUAUUUAUUAAAAACUAAUAAAAUAAUUGUUUUAGGUUCUUGGCGUUAACGCUUUUUAUCCUAUGGCAUCAAAUAAAAUGCAAUGAAAAUAUUAUGAUUUUAAUUUUAAUUAACAUUGUUAACUUUUUACAAAAUUAUACAAACUAUAUUUUUUAA